CUCCCCCCCAGUCCCAAACCAAACCAAACACAGGAACCGCACUUUCCCUCCUCUGCUUCUCCAAUUGCAUUCCCUUCCUCUGCUUCUCUCCCCACACACAGAAACAGAGGAUUUGCGUUUCCCAUGGCUCCCCUCUUCCUCCCCUUCUUCCUCCUCUUCUCCCUCGUCUCAUCCGGUCUCUCCCAUGAAUCGAAAUCGGCUUUCGUAUCGUUCCAACUCAAUACGGUCCCCGUUGCUUAUCGACGCAACUUCUCCUCCUCCCUCCAUGCAUCGCUGGUAGCGGCCAAGACGCAGAAACCGGGCGCCAAGGCAGGGCAGCCGUUACCCCACAAGACGCCGUUCAAGUAUUCGAUGGCCCUGACGGUCUCGCUCCCGGUCGGGACGCCUCCGCAGACCCAAGAGAUGGUCCUCGACACCGGCAGCCAGCUUUCAUGGAUACAGUGCCACCAGAAAUCCCCGAAGCGGCCUCCGCCGAGCACCACGUUCGACCCUUCACUGUCCUCCACGUUCUCCGCCGUCCCCUGCAACCACCCCGUCUGCAAGCCCCGGAUUCCAGAUUACACCCUCCCGACAUCCUGCGACCAGAACCGCCUCUGCCACUACUCCUACUUCUACGCCGACGGCACCCUCGCUGAAGGCAACCUCGUCCGCGAGAAGCUCACCUUCUCCAAUUCCCAAUCUUCACCUCCCGUGAUCCUCGGCUGCGCCGCCGCCUCCAGCGACAACAAGGGCAUCCUAGGGAUGAACCUCGGCCGCCUCUCCUUCCCCUCCCAGGCCAAGCUUUCCAAGUUCUCGUACUGUGUCCCUGUCCGGACAGUCGCCGGAUCAGGAACCGGACCGUUCCCCACCGGGUCGUUCGUCCUCGGGGAGAACCCGAACUCAGCCGGGUUCCAGUAUGUUAACCUCAUAACGUUCCCUCAGGGUCAGACCAUGCCCAAUCUUGACCCGCUCGCUUUCACGGUCCCGAUGCUUGGCAUCAGGAUCGGCAAAAAGAAGCUCGACAUCCCGCCUUCCGCGUUCCGGCCUGAUGCCGGCGGGUCCGGGCAAACAAUGAUCGACUCCGGGUCGGAGUUCACUUACCUUGUGGACGAAGCCUACAGCAAGGUUCGGGAGGAGGUAGUGAGGCUGGUCGGCCCGAAGUUAAAGAAAGGGUAUACGUACGGCAAUGGGGUGGCUGACAUGUGUUUCGACUCGAAGGUCGCUGGGGUGAUCGGACGGCUGAUCGGCGGUAUGGCAUUCGAGUUCGGGAACGGGGUGGAGAUCACCGUGCCUAACGAGAGAGUACUAGCCGAAGUGGAGGGCGGGGUCCACUGCCUGGCAAUCGGGAUGUCCAACAUGAUGGGAGCCGCCAGCAACAUCAUCGGGAACUUCCAUCAGCAGAACAUGUGGGUCGAGUUCGAUCUCGUCAAUCGCCGGGUCGGGUUCGGGAGAGCAGCAGACUGCAGCAGAUCCUAAUAAGCAAAACCAGGACUCUCGACCCGAAAAUAUUUGAUGCAAAGAGACGGAAUGGAGCCGCCGCCAUGAAACGGCCUCGUUCUGCCUCGUACCAAGCGUGACCGAAAAGAUCUAAGAACACUGACUGACGGUGACAUGUAUAAUCUAACAUAAGAUCGUGUGAUCGAGGCCGGAGAAGGUUGUAAGAUGCUAGAUUUUGAUUUUGAUUUUAAUUUUGGUUUUUUUUAGGGUGUGUACUGCAAAGUUGUAUAAUACGAAGGACCUCAGACACAUCAGGGGGAAGUAAAUAUUUGUGGGGUAUAGAGUGACGUGAUGAGCUUAAUGACGUUGUACUGAAAUUUUUUUGUUCUUUCUUCUCGCUGGACCUUGUUGCAGUUGUAUAAUAAUUUGUUCGAGCUUGGGGUUGAGCUUAGUAUAGUACGGAUUUAAAAUAA